AGUAUGGAUCACUUUGAUGACAUCGGCCCCAGUGUUGUGAUGGCUUCCCCUGGUAUGAUGCAGAGCGGCCUAUCCCGAGAGCUUUUUGAGAGCUGGUGUACGGAUAAAAGGAAUGGCGUCAUCAUAGCAGGGUAUUGUGUUGAAGGAACACUUGCCAAGGUCAUGGGCUCUCUAGCAGACAAGAAACCAGAACAAGGGCAAAGAGUUUCAGGAAUACUGGUGAAGAGGAACUUUAACUAUCACAUCCUUGCUCCAUGUGACCUGUCUAACUACACUGAUCUGGCCAUGAGCACCGUGACACAGACACAGGCUGUUCCAUACACCGGCUCUUUUAUUUUGCUUUACUACCAACUGCAAAAACUAACUAGUGAUGUGAAAGAAAUAGAAGUCCAGGAUAAGCCGGCUUAUAAAGUUUUUAAAGCCAUUACUGUGAUCCAGGAACCAGGCAUGGUGGUGCUCGAGUGGGUCGCAAAUCCUGCUAAUGAUAUGUAUGCAGACACUGUAACGACAGUGAUACUGGAAGUUCAGUCGAAUCCCAAAAUACAUAAAUCUACGGUACAUAAACUUCCUAAAAAAAUAGACAUGGAUGCGUAUCACAAAAAGAUGGAGAUCAUGCUACAGGACAUUUUUGGAGAAGACUGUGUAAGUGCCAAGGAAGAUAACAUUAUAACUGUCACAGUGGAUGGAAAAUCAGCAAAUCUUUCAUUGGAUACACGGACUGUUGACCAUGAACCAGGAUGUGAAGAUGAUGAUGAAACUCUUCGGGAAAUGGUGGAGUUGGCUGCGCAGCGACUCUACGAUGCUCUCACCCCUGUACACUAAACUGUGACCAUUGUAUAUA